AUGGCUUCCUAUGUUAACGACGAUGUAGACGACUUGGAUCUCUUCAUGAAGCCCAUUGAGACGGAGUCAGAGCACCGAGCACGUCUCAGCCAAAUGACCAGGUUGGAAAGAUUUGCAGACUGGCUUGAGUCGGCUCAAUACGAGAUGCUCAUCGCUGGGGUGCUGUGUUUCAACGUCCUCUGGAUGGCCUUGGAAGCCCAGGUGGAUGGCUAUCGUUCUGGCCAUGCCAUUAAGGUUUUCCAGACGGAGGUGAUAUCUGAUGCGAGCUGGAAAUCUUGGGAGCUGGUCUUUGCGAUUGGCGAUGUGGCCUUCACCGUUUUCUUCGUGUUGGACGUCGUUGUCCGCAUACUUGUUCUACGAUGCAAAUUUUGGGCAGUGCCCAUGAACUAUAUUGACAUCGCGGUGUCCAUGACAUCCCUUCUGGAGAUUGUGCUUUUCUAUGUGGCGUCAGCCAACUUGGCUGUGAACCCCAUCCUUUUUCGACUCCUCCGCAUUGGAAAGCUGGCUAGGGCAAUCCGCAUGAUCACCAUGAACAGCGUGUUGGCAUCACUUCACCUGCUUAUUCGCUGUCUAGCUGCCAGCACCAACAUACUGUUCUGGACGUUCUGCUUGAUCGCAUUCUUCCAGUGUGUUUCUGGAAUGGUUGCGAACACUCUCUGCCGGGACUUCAUAAAUGAUGAGAGCCAGCCCAUGCAAGUGCGGGAGGAUGUCUUCAGAUAUUAUGGCACUUUCACGCGGACAUUUCUCUCCAUGUUUGAACUCCUCUUCGCGAACUGGUCCCCGCCUUGUAGAGUGCUGGUCGAGAACAUCAGCGAGUGGUUCUCCAUUUACUUCCUCCUUUACAGGUGUGUCCUUGGCUAUGCUGUACUGAACGUAGUUUCAGCCGUCUUCGUCCAGCAGACCAUGAAGACGGCGAGUUCAGAUGAGGAGCUUGCGUUUAAGCAGAAGGAGAGGGACAUUGCAAUGUACACCAGGAAAGUCAGAAGACUGUUCCAGACGAUGGAUGUUUCGGGCGACGGAGUAAUCAACUAUGAGGAGUUCUCCAAGCUUGUGAAGUCCCCAAUGCUGAAGUUCUGGAUGAGUCAGUUGGAGUUGGAGUACCAUGAUCUUAUGUCGCUGUUUGAGUUUCUGGAUAACGGAGACGGGGAAAUCACGUUAAUGGAGUUCAUCGAAGGCGCGGCCCGGCUGCGUGGCGGAGCAAAGGCGCUGGACAUCUGGCGGAUCGAAACCAAGGUAGAGCUGCUUUUCCAGGAGGUCCUAAGCGCGAUUCAGGAAUUUUCGCAGGAUGGGACAUCCAACACUGUGGGCGAAGUUUUCAGCAAAGCUAA